GGAUAGGAGCGCCGAGAGGGAGGAAGAGGGGGGGAGCAAGUAUGGAGCUCGUCUCGCCUGGCCUCGUCUCGUCUCCCAUUUUCUCUCUCGUUUCGUUCCCGUCCACGGCGCCGGGAUACGUCGUGCCACCAACCACCCAACCCAACCGAGCGGCUAGCCGACCUGCCGACGUACCGAGCCAGGGAAUACAUACAUAUUGUGGGGGGGGAGGUGACGGGAACGGGGGCGAGGACGAGCGCGAGCCGCGAGGAGGGACACACACACACGUACCUGACAUGUUGUGUCAGGACGGCAUAGGCGGGCGACACGUCGGUAGUUACCUAUCCCCGGAUCGCCUCGCCGCCCCCUUUUCGGGAAGGGAGAGAGGGGGGGGAGCGGACGGCGGAAAUCACACACACACAUACCAAGAUACCCACCGCGAAGACCGGCGGACGGAGUGGAGGGGGGAAGCCAGCCGCCGCGGCUUCGAGCCGAUACCUGCCCGUGACGUGCCUUUGUGUUUUUCUUCUGUCUCUAAGCGUAGGCGAGCGAGCGAGUUACGUGAGGGCGGGAUGCCAGGGGCAACAUUGCUCCGUACAAAGCCAUAGAAGAGAGAGACAGAUACGAGAUUCGGAAAAAGCGAAGCCCGGCCCUGCUUGCUUCGUUCAAGACGAGGCCAGGCCGGGCGAGACGACGACCAGACGCGGCUCGCGGCCGCGGCC